UGCGGGAGUUGCAGGGGAAACCCACUGAUCAGUUCACUGUUUGGCUCCAUGCAGUGACCGGACAGACGGAUCUUCACCUUCCACAGCUGAGGGAGACACUGACAGAGAGCCAUGACCAAUUUCUCUACCAUCUACAAACUGUCCGUGGUUGCGUUGUACUGCUUCAUCCAAGUGUAUGGCAGUAGCUGUCCCGUGUUGGACUGCUGGUUCGUCCAGGAGAGGAAGGGUCGAGGGGGAGGCCUAACAGGAGCCACCAGCCAGGAGAAAUCUCUGCUCCGCAUCAGGAGGGACGCUCACAGCCUCGGUGCAGAGGCUCAGCGGCAGCCUGCCUCAGACAUCAGCCCCGACAGAGUCUACGACGUCACCGACCCAGCGGCCACCCUGUGCCACCCCGCUCUCAGCGCCCCCAGAGGAUCCAUCCACAAGCCGCAGUGUGAGAUCAACCCCUUCCUGCCGCAGCCCUCCACCCUCAAAUGGGCCACCGCGCUCACAGACUCCGCCCUCAGCCCCGUGUACCUGCAGGCUGAUUGGCUCUCGGUCUCCCUGCAGGGGCUCGACGGACAGCUGAUCCAGUCGAGUAUCAUGCGUGCUCCCACAGCCACCAAAGAACCUCAAGUGAUCCUGAGUGUGUCCAGUAAAACCGUCUCGGUGAAGUCCAGACUCGGGGAGCCGGUGCUGCUGGACUGUGGGUUCUGGACCGACUCCUCUUCGCCUCUGUCGGGGUCGGGCUUCGCCGUCGAGUGGCGUUAUCAGUUCAGGGGUGACGGACGAUUGGUUCUGGCUUACGACGGCAAGACCGACCGCUUGGCCGAGAUGCAGGAGGAAGGGGCCACGCUGGACUUCGAGGGUUUACACGAGAAAGGAAAUGCAUCUCUGAUCCUGCAGGAAGCUAAAGUGCGUCACUCCGGAACGUACAUCUGUACCGUGUUUCUGCCCUACCUUCUGGCUCAGGUCGCAAUGGACCUGGAGAUUGUGGAGCCUCCGUCUCUCUCCAUCUACCCCUCCCCUCUGCCUCUCGCUGUUCCCGGCCAGGUGGUGACCGUCCACUGUGAGGCGUCCGGCUUCGCCCCCCUCUCCCUGGAGGUGAGCUGGGAGUUCACAGGGGCUGAUGGGACGUCGAGGUCCCUGGGAUCAGGCAGCUUGACGGGCCACAGGCAGGCUUGGGAUGGCACCUACAGCCAGAGGAGCAAGCUGGAGCUGGACACAAGCAAACUGGACCUGGGCAGAGGAGGGGAGGUCACGUGUGUGGCUUUCCAUUCAGGAGGCACACAGCGAGCCAGCGUGACCCUCAAUGUCAUUGGGUUCAGCACUCCGUCCAUUGAAGACUCCAUGGCGAUGGUUGGCGUGGCGCUGGUGUUGUAUGGCCUUAUCAAGCUGGUUUCUUGGACCUUCAUCUCAGGUUCAGAUGAGGCUGCCAAGCAAGAGAAGAAGGAGAAGUAAACAUGAAGGAAGUGGGAGAGAGCUACUGAAUCUUCAAACCUGUCCUCUUUCAUUUCCAGUUUUAUCACUUUAUGGACAACAGCUCCCUGGGAAAAGAUGGGAUUUCAGCUUUCACUGACUGCCUGUGCUUUGUUGUUUUUGUUUUACAGCCUGGGCAGUGAUGGAUUUGUAAAUUUGAAUAUGCUUUUGCCUUUAGAGUCACCUUUUUCAAUGCUAAUCCCGCCGGGAGUCUUCACUGUUCUGUUUAAAUAGUAAUAACAACCAGAAAUAAUGUUGUGUAAUGUUGUGCUAUAAAGUUCCAUGAAGAGUUUUUUUCUGGGUUCCAACAGAGACAAUGUGAAGUUUGAAAAAAUGUGGGGGAAAAAACACUUUGGAAAGUUUGUGAACUGCACAGAAAUGUCUGCAAAAGUGUUGCUGUUCAGUCAAGAAACACUUAUUCUAAUAUUUGCUGUAGGCAUGAACAGUGUUUUGCAUUAGAGUGAUGCAGCCUUUCAUUUCGCUUCUCUCUAAACUUAAACCGUGACAAAUGUCGACCCUUUGGCAGGUCUUCCCCGGGCGAAUCUCAGUCAGUUUUUAUGACACCUGAAGAAAGACAUGUAAAAGCCCUGCCCCUCUCUUUUUUUCUUUUUCUUUUUCCCUCUCCCAGCACGUAUCAUAAAGAACAGAAGGAAGUGAAUGCUAUUUUGAAGUGUGUCGUGCAGAAAAAGCCAUGAGGACCCUAUUUUAUUUAGGUUUUUAUUUAAUUAUUUUUUUGUAUCAUUAUUAUUAUUAUUUUUUUUAGGGAUAUUGGAUUUUUUGCGAAUAUUCUAUAUGCCAAUAUUUUGCAGCUCUUUUGGCCGGUGCCGGUGCCGAUACCAAUACGGAUACAUGCACAUAUUUUUUUUUUUUUACACCUAACUGCUGUAGUGGAAUUAACAUUUUAUUAUGGCUCCUCUUACUGUGAAGGCCCACUGGCAGAUGCACAAUGCUUCUCAAAAUGUACACAUUCACUGGGCAAAAAUAAGAAACCCACUUCACCUUAGCUAAUGUAAAACAUGUCAUAUUUAUUUUUAUGUAACAUUUUCCUGCAAACGAAACCGUCUGAUUCAUUGUGCUGAAACAGGCUCAUGUGACCUGAGACAGUCCUGACAACAGCACAACCAGCACAGACGUGAUCGAUUUCUCAUUUUGGCCUGUCAUAUCGGCAGAAAUUUUCAUUGUGGGCCGAUACCAAUAUUUCAUUUUAAAGCUGAUAUCUGCCGAUACCAAUAACGUGGCAAUAUUAUUGUGUGUGUGUUUUUUUUUUCUUUUUUUCCCGCUGACUCCUGUUCCUCAAAGCACACAUUUGCCUUACAAGAUAAUUAUCCUAUCAUAUCUUGUGAUCUUUAAAUCAACGUUAUCCACACAUGAAGACAGAGCAGUCCAAACUCACAGGCAUUCUGUUGUUGGAUGGAAAAGUUAUAAACCUCACUGAAUCAAAGUUCACUGAAACUGAGUUGUAAAUAAGUAAUUAGAGGCCUGCAUGCCUCAGGGUUUUUUGUGAGUGACUGUGCAGCAGCAUAGGGGUUCAUUCCUACUGUAAAUGUAUAAAGAUCUAACUGGUGGUGGAAAAGCUUGUACAUCCUGGAAAUGGUACACGACGAGGAGAGCGCCUAUCUCCGGUGUAAACUGCAACUGGGGGGAAAAAACAACAACUUUUGAAUCUGCCUGUGGUCAAUAAAGUUUUCCUUUUAAAU